GAGUUGCCAGAGGACACGCGCAGCACCAACCCGGACAUGAAGUCCUCUCGCCUCCUCGGCGCGCCGGUGACGACCGCUCGUUCCUUGAAAGAAACUACAUUUCCAUGACGGCAAGUGGGAGGAGGGUUGUUGAGUGUGACGGCGACGGGGCGUUUUCGCCCGGCGAGAAGCAACAAGUGUCUCCCGUGGGCUGUCAAGGUUGGGCGGUUACUCCAUCGUGUUCUCCAGCGGCAGGUGGUCAGCAGCAGCUCUGUGAAUGGGAUUAUGACCGCGGAGCACCUUGGUAGUCAGGGACGGAGCAGAGUCACUUCUCCCAUCUUGCUCAGCGCUCUUGUCAUUUACUCUUGAACGCGGACACUGAAUAUUUGUACAUUUCUGUUUAAUUAGGCGAUUUCGUACGGGCACGUGCCCGCUCGCCUUUUUUUAAUAAUUCUUUUUUUUAAAUUUUUUUUAACUUUUAAAACUUUUUUUAAUUUUGUUUAUGUUGUUGCAUUGUACAUAAUGGCGUUCGCUAGAUUCAGCAGGAUACUCCGGCUGCCUACUCUUGACCUCAAAAAGAAAGUCAAGCAGUAUGAGCACGUUCAUCGGGACAUCAAUCCGAACGAUUUAUGGGAAAUUCUCGGCGAGCUGGGAGACGGCGCGUUUGGAAAAGUCUACAAGGCCAGGAACAAGGAGACGGGGGCUCUGGCUGCAGCCAAAGUGAUCGACACAAAAUGUGAGGAGGAGCUGGAGGACUACAUCGUCGAGAUUGACAUCCUGGCUAAAUGUGACCACCGCUACAUUGUCAAGCUGCUCGACGCGUUUUACCACGACAACAAACUGUGGAUCAUGAUCGAGUUCUGCCCCGGAGGCGCUGUGGAUGCCAUAAUGCUCGAGUUGGAUCGUGGGCUGACGGAGCCACAGAUUAAGGUGGUGUGUCGCGAGAUGCUGGAAGCUCUGGAUUACCUCCACAGAAUGAAGAUCAUCCACAGAGACCUGAAGGCUGGUAACAUCCUGCUCAUGCUGGAUGGGGACAUCAAACUGGCUGAUUUUGGCGUAUCGGCGAAAAACUCCAAAACCUUACAGAGAAGAGAUUCUUUCAUUGGAACGCCAUACUGGAUGGCCCCAGAGGUGGUAAUGUGUGAGACAAUGAAGGACGCCCCAUACGACUACAAGGCUGAUGUCUGGUCUCUAGGAAUCACUCUGAUUGAGCUCGCCCAGAUCGAGCCCCCGCACCAUGAGCUCAACCCCAUGAGGGUGCUGUUGAAGAUCGCCAAGUCGGAGCCUCCCACCCUGGAGCAGCCGCACAAAUGGUCACAGGAGUUUAAGGAUUUCCUGAAGAAAGCUUUGGACAAAAACCCAGAGACUCGUCCGACUGUAGGACAACUCGCGGAGCACCCUUUUGUGAAAUCGGUGACAUCUAACCGUCCGCUGCGGGAGCUGGUGGCCGAGGCCAAGGCUGAAGUCAUGGAGGAAAUAGAGGACAAUAGGGAGGAAGGAGAGGAGGACGACAACAUGGAGCUCACUGUGUCUCCAGGAAAGGAACCGUGCCAGACCAGUCAGACCAGUUUGGAAGGAGAGCAGUCUGUGGACACCCCAAGCCCCACCAUGACCUCCCCGACCACUCCAAUACCGCUGCUUAAGAAGGAGGCCAAGGCAGAUCCACCAACUGAGGAGCAGCCAGGCCCCAUCUUGGUGGUCCCUGUCCCCCUUCUGCGGCAGAACCUCCCCGUGAACGUUCCAGAAGAGUUGGAUGACAAACUGGCCGACGAAGUCAUUCUUGAGUCUGAGAGCGAGGCCUCAACCAAGACCUCCAGCUCAGAUUCGGGAAUUGAGGAUGGGAAGAGCACCCCCACAUCGGAGGAAAAGGUUACUGUGGAGACCCCCGAGACGGAACAGCCCUCAUCUCUCCAGCCGGAGGCAUCUGAGGAACAUGUUGACAUCAUCAUAGACUCAACAGACCCAGAGCUGCCCACGACCCAGGUGGCCGAGGAGGAGAGCAAAGGUGUGGCUAACUGGGGGUUACCAACUCCAGACCCGAGUCCCACUACAGCCACUCCCGCUCCCUCCUUUGCUCCGUCCCCGAUGCAGAGGCAGCCUUCUGAGUCAGAUGGUAGCCCAACCAAGGGUACCCCAAAGCGGACACCGACGGGAGGAAACGCAGAGGGUGUGUCGCCUUAUGUCACUGGAGGGAUUAUAAAAAAGCGGUCCUCUUAUUCAGGCAGCAUGGUGUCGGAGAGCACGGACAUGUCCAUCCACAAGGAGACCAUCUCACUGUCAGCGAGGGACUUCUCAAGUAAGACUCUGAAACGAACCAGGAAGUUUGUUAUUGACGGCGUGGAGGUGAGCGUGACCACCUCCAAGAUCAUCAGGGAUGACGAGAAGAAAGAUGAGGAGAUGAGAUUCCUGAGACGUCAAGAACUGCGUGAGCUCCGUUUUCUGCAGAAGGAGGAGCAACGUGCUCAGGCCGGUCUCAAUGCCAAACUGGAGACGCAGAGAGAACAAAUGCAGAGACGCAUUGACCAGGAGAUGAAUACCAAGAAGAAGCACUACGAUGUGGAGCAGGAGAACCUGGAGAAGCACCAGAAGCAGACCAUUGAGAAGAUGGAGAGUGACCACCACGUUAAACUCAAGGAGGAGACCAGACGUAUCAAAGUAGAACAGGAGCGCGACCGCCACAGGUUUCACGAUCAGAUGAAACUAAAGAAAAAGGAGGUCAAACUAUCGGUUGAUAAGCUGCCCAGGAAUCAGCGUAAAGAAUCCUUGAAACUGAAGAUGAAUUCCUUCCAAGAUAACAAGACAAAAGAUGAGGAAGCAUUCUUGGCAGCUCAGAAGAACCUCCUGGACAAAACGUUGAUAAGAAUCAUCUCCGACAACAAGAAAGAGAUUGCAGUAAUGGAGAAGGGAUGCCUUGACAAGAAACACCAGCUAAUCAGAGAGCGUGAAGCAACAAUAUGGGACCUGGAGAAGAAGAACCUUUACGAGAGACACCAGUUAAUGAAGCAGCAGCUUAAAGACCAGUACUUCCUCCAGAGGCAUCAGCUUCUCAAAAAACACGAGAAGGAACAAGAACAGAUGCAGUGCUACAAUCAGCGAAUGAUUGAGCUCCUGAAAGCUCGGCAGCAGCAGGAGAAGAGCCGGCAGCCGAAGAUCCAGCGUGGCGAGGCGAAGACCCGCAUGGCCAUGUUCAAGAAAAGCCUCCGCAUCAACUCAACGGGCAGCAACUCGGAGGACCGAGAGAAAGUCAAACAGUUUUCUCUGCAGGAGGAGAGACGGCAGAAGGCAGAGAGGCUCCAUCAGCAGCAGAAGCACGACAACCAGAUGAGAGAGAUGAUCGGCCAGUGCGACGCCAACAUCAGAGAGCUGCAGCAGCUACAGAAUGAGAAAUGUCACCUGUUGGUUGAGAAUGAGACUCAGAGACUCAAGCACUUGGAUGAACAACACAACCAGCUGCUGAAGGACUGGAGGGAUCAGCUGAAACCCAGAAAGAUGGCCCUUGAAGAUGAGCUAAAGAUGAAGAAAAAGGAGCAGAAGGCUUUCUUUCGGAUGAGUCAGAGUUCCGAAAGCCCAAGUUCUCCCAACAAACUCUCCAAGUUUGUGCCCUACCAAGACUCGUCCACAACAUAAAAACAUCCUCCGUGACUUUGCACAAUAUUUCCUCCCCCCCCCCCCCCCCCCCCUCCCUCACUGGUCCAUACACAGGCCUUACAACAGCCUGCUGCCUCAGUUUUAAUUUGCUUUGCCUGUGAUGGCAGCAUUAUCCCUCCAUUGGGUUCCUUUUAAUGUUUUAGUGAAUAUUUGUUUUUUACUAAUGUUCUAAGGUUUUUUUGUUGUGUUUUUGUUUUAAUUGUUGUCGUAUUUGAUGGAUUUAAAACUCAUAUGCUUCACAUGACUCAAUUACAUUACAUCUGCUCCCAUAGUGUUUUUAAUUUCCUUUUUAUGGUCCGGUCUUCUUCCUAUUGCCCACCAGUGAAACGUGAAGGUAGUAAUAUCUUGGGCGGAGGAUACCAAAAAUAGUUAUUAGUCUUAAUGAGUAUGUAUUGAAGAGGAAAAUACAAUUUUGUUGGGAAUAAAUUAUUUUUGCGUUUGGAGGAAGUAUCUUUUGUUUGUAUGAGAACUGGUGAGCCAGUACAUAAGCACUUUUUUUGUUUUAAUUACCAGUGCCGUCUUCCAAAUAUUAUAACCAAAAACACACCCAAAAUGAAUUUGAUAGCCAGUGACCAUUUUCUUAUUUUUCCUACUUUCUGUAUGCCUUGGCUCAUUGAUCCGGUUGGUCCAUAAGUUAUAUAGCAGCUAAUAUCUGCUUUUAUUUAUUUUCAACAACCAUAUCCAGAUUUAUCACUGUAAAUUUUUAAUUUAGAUAUAUUCUCAUUUUGUUUUAACAGCCCUGGUAUGUGGACUGUGCUUAUUAUUUUGUAUUGUGUUUGAAAUGGGGGAUGGGGCUAAAAUCCAGAUCACAAUUCUUUUUUUUUUGGUAUGAUUAUUUGGGAAUGGUUUUUGACCGAUGAGGACUGACUCAUUGUUAUUCACAGUGCGUUGCUAUUAUGACAUUUGUUUUUCUGUUGUAUUUUUACUGUAAAAUUCAGUCACACUGGAUGGGGACCGAUGAAGCCAAAGCAAAAAUACUGUUGUUCUUUAAAGGACGUUGGAUAGGGGAUUUAAAUUAAAAGAAAUGUACUAAGUGUAUAAUUGUUAUACCGUGUGCAGUAAAUGCGCUGCCUGCUAACCAAAGUGCAAUAUUACAUGUAUGUCUUUGCUUAAAGAGGUUUGUUUGUGUCUUCCUUUGCACUGAGAGGGGGAAUAAUAUGAUUAACUCCAAAAAUAGAUUUAACAACCUUUUUUUGAAAGACAGCAUUGCUUAGAAAUGAUUCAAUCUUCAUAUUAUUAAUAUUUUGAAAGCAAUGAUCAUAAUCUGAUUUUAUAACAUAAUUCUUAAUAUCAUUUUAUGGGAGUGCAACAAUUCAGCCUGCUGUAAGAUGGCUCCAGAUGUUAAAUCUUAAACUGAAACUUUGCAGCUCAGGAACUUGUUGGAUGAGAGAAAGUGUUUUUUUUUGUUGUUUUUUUUAGCCUGCAGAGUUCCAUUAAUCCAGGUCAAUAAUCGGGUACAGCUUUAUCUUUCUCUUCCUCUCAAAAGUAUUUAAAUAUGUUGUAAAAAUUCUCUUUUUUGCCGUGUUUAAUGGCUGCAUGUAUGCCUCCCUCUCCGCCUCAGUUUACAUGAUAUUGUUUGUAUGGAGGGGUUACGAGUGUGAAUGAAGCUGUAACGGAAGGAACCACUGUUGUAAAAUACUCAAUAAAAGCAGAUUUUUUUUUAA